CUGGCGGGGGAGGAGCCCAACCGCGAGCAGCGGCUCUGGCGGUCGUGGCGGUCGGAGGUCCGAGAGCGCUGCUCCUCUGGAGGACACGCGUCUGUACGCACUGGUCUACACCUGACAGUCACUGGAAUGCUACUACAGGCUUUAGAAGAAAGUGAAACUAAUUUUAAAGGCCCCUUAUUCUUUCUGUUACCUGCCUGCUGAAGUGGAAAGAAAUCUCCCUAUUCCUUUGUUGUGAACUGAUUUGACCUUCCCAUCUCCAAAAGGUGUGCAGGGAGUAGGAGCCUUUCCACUCGAGCCCCAGCUGUACUGGAAACCCUCCUAAGUCACAGCAAUGGGUCAGGAAUCUAGCAAGCCUCUAUGGCUCAAGCCCGCAGGAGGGUAUCAGUCCCAGACAGGUAGGAGGUAUGGAAGAAGGCAUGCUUAUGUCAGUUUCAGGCCAUCCAUGAGCCAGCACGAAAGGAUUUCCAGCCAGAGAAACACAACAUCUGAACUCCCGAUGCACAGAUCAGACUCUAGUCAAACCACCAAGAGGAGCCGAUCGCCAUUUUCCAGCAGUCAUCAUCGUUGGGAUGACAGUGAGAACUCAGGAAGCAGCCUGAAUGUUGAUAAUGAGGACUGUUCCAGGUACCUGCCAAGAGAGUACAGGGCUCCCGGUAGCAGAAGAGGAAUGGCUUAUGGACAUAUUGACUCUUUCAGGGCAGAGGAUAGUGAGGAGGAGGGGGCUGGGCCUUUGGAGCGAGUACGAGUGAGAGAGAAAACUGGCAAGUUCAAAGAUGAUAAGCUGUAUGACCCAGAGAAAGAGGCGAGGUCUUUGGUUGGGGUGUCCCCCCAGUUCUCUAGUUUGAAUCAUGAUGUGACACAGGAUCUUGACAAGCUAGACCCAGCCCCUGCAGUGACACGCUGUGCUGGCAGAGCUGAGUUCCUGCAGCAAAAGGGCAUGGCUCUUCAGAUCUCUGCUGCUGACAGCAAGGUAGCUGCACAAGGUAACAGCCUGGAGAAGGAGAAACCAGAGCAGAAUUUACCUGUGCAUCCCAGCAGGGCUCCUGUGAGUAUUUAUGGUGGGGGGGGGAAUACCCCAAAGGGUGCAGAGGAACCAGUGGUGAGGCCCAAAAUCAGGAAUCUGGCUAAUCCAAACUGCAUGAAACCAAAAAUAUUUUUUGAUACUGAUGAUGAUGACGAUAUGCCACACAGUACUUCCAGGUGGAGGGAUACUGCCAGCACUGGUGAUCGCCACCUGGGCAACCUGGCAAGAAGAGGCAGAGGUGAGAAUUCCAGUGGUUACUUUGAGCUAAAGUACCCUGAAGACAAGAGGGAAUUCAGGAAUAAUCAAAUGAAGCCAGAAAAGAUGCCGAGAUGGCAACGGACCAUGGCUGACCAAGACUUCUGGAUGUUCAGUGACGAUUACUACAAAUACUGUGAUGAAGACUCUGACAGUGACAAAGAGUGGACUACUGCUUUGCAUCACAGGUAUGGAGGCUGGGAGAAAAACCUGUCAUCCAGUGGUGAAAGCUGGGAGACUCUGCUUGGGAAAGAAGAGCAUGAACCUGAGCCAGCCAGAGUGAAUGUCAGUGCCAGUGCUAGCCCCAUUGGUAGGGCCGCCACCGGCAGCCAUGGCAGCCCGGAACUUGGAGGAGUUGGAGGACUAUCUCUUCAGGAAGAUGCACGGGCAUCACCAGGAGAAAGACAAGUCUCUUGGCUCCAGUACAAUGAAAAAGAAAGCAGCAGCGAGGGGGAUAAUGAUUCUAGUCAGGAGGUUCUACAGCCUGGGGGAUUCAUGCUGGACGGCAACAACAACCUUGAAGAUGACUCUAGCGUAAGUGAAGACCUAGAAGUGGAUUGGAGCCUCUUUGAUGGCUUUGCAGAUGGCUUGGGGGUGGCCGAAGCCAUCUCCUAUGUGGAUCCUCAGUUCCUCACAUACAUGGCACUUGAAGAACGCCUGGCCCAGGCAAUGGAAACGGCCCUUGCACACUUGGAAUCUCUUGCAGUGGACGUGGAGGUGGCCAAUCCACCAGCAAGCAAGGAGAGCAUCGACAGUCUCCCUGAGAUCCUGGUCACUGAAGAUCACAGCGCAGUGGGGCAAGAAAUGUGUUGCCCCAUAUGUUGCAGUGAAUAUGUGAAGGGGGAGGUAGCAACUGAGUUGCCGUGCCACCACUAUUUCCACAAGCCAUGUGUGUCCAUCUGGCUUCAGAAGUCAGGCACCUGCCCGGUGUGCCGCUGCAUGUUCCCUCCCCCCCUCUAAGACCAAGACUCUUCACCCCUGGUCUUCUCAUUUUCCCCAUCUGAAAUCCACAGUACUGCAGGGGCCAUCUCAAAAUUAACAAUUGAAAUGAAACUAAUCACUCCACUCAUCCACUACUUGAUUGAUUGUGAUCAUUUUCAAUGUGAAACGGUUGUGUAUGAUUACUUUAAAAAUCAUACUGUCUUUUAGAGUUCAGAAAGGAAAAAAAAACUAAACAUUCUAAAUGCUACCUGAGAUGGUGGUAAGAUCCUAACAUUUCCUAACCUGAACAUUGAAAUUGGAUGCAUUUGUUUCUUCAGUAGAAUAUGUUGCUGUUAAUUGUAACAUCAAGUUUAUCUGUUAAAUAUGUCCAAAAGGCUUCACUAUUUCUGUUGCAUGUUGUGGGUUAAUGUUCCUGUAAUUGCAGUGCAGUAAAAGCUUAUUAAAGUUCUUCUUUUGGUUUUAUAUGGUACAGUGGAAUUGUUUGGUUUUGUCAAAAACAAUGGUAUUAAGUGACUUUUUAAUGGAUGCCUUGUAUUUGCAUCAAAAUAGGGUUUUUGGUAUUCCCAAAUAAGUAGAAAAACUUUCAUUCUACUGGAAAUGCUGACUCUGACAACAGCAAAAAAUUAAGGGUAAUUAUUUCUAAAAGUAGAAAUAAAGUGCAUGGUUAUCAAACUACUGUGGGGCAAAGGCUGCAUACAGAAUACUCUGUCCGUCUAUGGGAAGGAGAGAAACGAGAAAGCAUGGUGAAAUGAAAGAACAAUGGUAGGAGUAAAUCAAAACUGCAUGUAGGAGUGAAGGAGUUAAAAUCCCCUUUGAGAAAGCAGACACUCCCAGAGGGAAUGGUUAAAAAACAUAAAGCUCUAUGCAGGUUAUACACCUUAACACAGUGAUACAAAAAGAAUAGAAAAAUACAUGCCAGACAAGUGCUGAGGAAAAUAUUUAGGCACCCACUUACACAGAGUGAACAGGCCGUAACAUUUGGCCACGUUGGCUUCAGAUCUCUCUCUCAAUUUCUCUCUCUUUUUCUCUCUCCAAUAAAGAGACUAUUUUAGGUACAAAUGAAGUUCCUCACCUGUCAUAUUUACCUUUCUCUAAGAGGUAAGAACUAGCCAGGAAAUGGUGUCUUCUUGUCUGUUUUUAGACAUGUAUGUGUGUAUGUAUAUGUACAUAUGUAUGUAUAUUUUUGUAUAUAGGUAUGUGUGUGUGUAUCCAACAUAGAAUGUUUCUGUUUUUUAAAUAGACAUAAUUGAUAGAAUGUGUGCAUUGUUUUGCAACUUGAUUUUUUCACUCAACAUGGUUUUUGAGAUUGAGCCAUUUUCAUACAUGUUGAUCUAGUUCAUGCAUUCAUAACUGCUGUAUACUAAAUACUCAGUUGUGUGAGUUACCACAAUUUAUUUAUGUGUUCCCUAUUGGUGGACACUUAGGUUCUUCCCAGUAUUUUGUGGCAAUGAACAUAUUUAAGAGCUGUCUCCAUGGGCACGUGUGAGUUUCUCUAUAUACAGAGAUGAAAUUUCUGGACUUUACUUAGGGUUGGAGGUAAAAUUUUGUGGUCUUAGGGUCUGAGCAUCUUCAUCCAAACUAGAUACUGCUAAACUGCUUUCCAAAGUAUCCACAUUUAUGUCCCUCCCAACAGUUUCUGAGAGCUGUUUUCAGCUCCAGCAGCCUGGAUAUCAUUAAUGUUUCAUGUUCAACCUCACUGGCAAUUUGUGACAUGGAAAUUAACACAACAAUGAAACGUUUUCUGAUUGUGUCCAUCAGAAAGCAAUGAUUUUGCUUUGUGAUAAUAUCUAGUUUGGGCUAGGAGCAGAAGAAAUGGGAGCACUCCUGCUGUUGGUGUGAAUGUAAACCAUAGCAGUCUUUUUGGAGAGCAGUUUGAGGAAUAACUAUCUUUCAAAAUCUAAAGUGGGGCCUGUCCUUCAGCCUGCCUUAAAAUACUUUGGUAAUGUGACUUAAUACUAUGCAGUAGUUAAAACUAUACAUACUGGCAUGGGAAGAUUUCCAGGAUAUAAGUAAAAAAA